AUAUAUAUAUAUAUAUAUAUGUAUUUGUAUGCUUCUUCCAUCUCAAAACUCGGACUGUGUAUAGGGGAGAGCAAGCAUAAAGACCACAAUUUCAGUGAAAGAUGAAGAGAAUCCCUCUUGAAAAAUUGGAAGCAAUGAGCAAACAAGUAACGGUUUACAGCUCUGACUGUGAAGGUGACUCGUUUUCAGUGGUGGUUAACCAACCACAACAAGAAGUGGCGUUUGAUGCACCCAUUGUUGCUUCCUGCAACAAUCGCAUCAGGCCUCUGCUUGACGCCGUUGAUAAGCUCAGGCACCUUAUGGUCAUGAAGGAAGGAAUACAAUUACCCACCAUUGUUGUAGUUGGCGACCAAUCUUCUGGAAAAUCUAGUGUUCUCGAGUCUCUGGCAGGAAUCAAUCUCCCUCGUGGACAAGGUAUGUGCACCAGGGUACCUCUUGUGAUGAGGCUCCAACAUCAACAGAUUCCAGAGCCAGAGCUUUACUUGGAGUUCAAUGGCAAAACAGUCCAAACUAAUGAGUCCGGGAUUUCUGAAGCGAUUAAUCUCGCAACCAAUGAGAUUGCUGGCAAUGGGAAGGGGGUAUCAAACACUCCUCUGACGUUGGUGGUAAAAAAGCUUGGUGUUCCAGACCUUACAAUGGUUGAUCUUCCUGGGAUUACUAGAGUGCCUGUUCAUGGCCAACCUGAGAACAUUUAUGAGCAGAUUGCGGGGAUGAUCAUGGAGUACAUUAAGCCUGAUGAGAGUAUCAUCCUCAAUGUUUUGUCUGCAACUGUUGAUUUCUCUAUAUGUGAAUCGAUUAGGAUGUCGCAACAAGUGGAUAAGAAAGGGGAGAGGACUCUUGCUGUUGUCACAAAGGUCGAUAUGGCACCUGAAGGGUUACUCGAGAAGGUGACUGCUGACGAUGUGAAUGUAGGGCUUGGCUAUGUUUGUGUCAGGAAUCGUAUUGGCGAUGAGACCUACGAGGAAGCAAGAAGGAAGGAAGCUGCAUUGUUCGAGUCUCAUCCCCUUCUAUGUUUGAUUGACAAAUCUAUUGUGGGGGUUCCUGUUUUGGCACAAAAGCUUGUGCAAAUACAAGCUGCGAUCAUAAUGAAAUGUUUACCAGAAAUUGUCAAGAAGAUCAAUGACAAGUUGAACUCUAGUCUCUCCGAGUUUAAUAAACUUCCCAAGACUUUCACCUCGAUUGCAGAGGCCAUGACUGCUUUCAUGGGAAUUAUCGCAGCAAGUAAGGAGUCCCUGAGGAAAAUCAUUUUGAGAGGAGAAUUCGAUGAGUACCCAGAUGACCAAAGAAUGCAUUGCACUGCUAGGUUGGGUGAAAUGAUCAACCAAUGCUCGCAGGAAAUGCAGAACCAUCGCUCAAGUGAUCUGAAGAAGAACUUUUUGAUGGAUGAGAUUAGUGUUCUGGAUGAAGCUAUUAAGGGAAUAAGACUUCCAAAUUUCCUGCCACACAGUGUAUUCAUUGCUCUGUUGUGCAAAAAAGUGGACUCAAUUUCUAGUAUGCCAAUUGAGUUUGUAGAGAAAGUCUGGACCUAUAUAGAAGGUGUGAUGAUUGAAGUUUUGACGAGUCAUUCGGAUAACUAUCACCAGCUUCAGAUAGCAACAAGAAGAGCUUGCCUCAAUCUUGUGGCAAAGAUGAAGCAACAGUCUUUGAAUUGGGUGAUGGAGAUAAUUCAGAUGGAAAAACUGACCGACUAUACUUGCAAUCCCGAAUAUUUGCUCGAAAGCAAGAAAUUGAUGGCUAAGCAAGAUAAGUUUAUGGAUGAUGUUUUUAAUGCUGUACUACCUUCCGCUGUUAUAUAUUUUGAAGGAUUUGGCGGAGUUGAAGUUGUUCGUUUACGUGAACAUAAGCAUGUUGUGCCUCAAGCAUAUGACCUGAAAGCAAGAAUGACAGCCUAUUGGAAGAUUGUUUUGAGGAGGUUGGUUGACAGCUUGGCUCUGCAUUUGCAGCUUAGUGUUCAUAAUCUUGUUGACAAAGAGCUGGAAAAGGAGAUUGUGAAUGAGUUGAUGAUGAACUCUCUUGGUGGUGGUGGAGUCGAGAAGUUGUUGGGGGAAUCGCCAUCGGUUGCUGGGAAGAGAGAAAAGCUUAGCCGGACCAUCAAGUUGCUUCAAGAGUCUAAGAAGGUUCUGGCUAGGAUCGUGGACGAAAUUGCUACUGCUUAAUGGUUUGUUUUAGUAUGGUAUUUUCUUGUUUAGGUAUUUGUCCAUCUUAUCUAGUGUGUCUGGUCUGUUGACAUGUAGAACUUCUACUAUGGUAUUUUGCUAUGUUGUCCCUUAGGACUGCUGUUGUUUACUUUCCUAAGUCUAUUUUAUAUAAAGCUGGGUGUUUAUGUGUCAUGGAAGUCUAUAUAUUAUUGCGCCUUUCACUUGAUUCUUGCAAUAUAUGUAAAUUUGCUUCUGUAUUGUCCUGUGAGCACA